AUACCAAAAGAUGCCUUUGUCUCCAUCUAGUCCACUUUCAUUUCUAAUACCAAAUAUUUCUUCUCUUUUAUAAAUAUUAUAUAUUUCUCCUCAUAUCUCUCUCUCCCCAUACUAUCACAUGGCUCUAGCUGAUGAAACUCCUUGCCAGACCCAUCUCACCACCACCUUCCGGUGGCCGACUCGCCGCAAAAUUUGGCUACGCAGGCGUAAGCUCCCCACGUUACGCCUGGGUGGGAAGAAGCCUCGCCGGGGAUCCUUUUUAAUAAGAGUGCUAAGAAAGGUGAGGCUAAAGUGGCUAAAAUUGCAGUAUUCUUGCAUGUUAAGGAAGCUUAAGGAAUAUUAUCGUAAUUUGAUUAAGGAUGUGGUUGAAGCUGGAGCUACCAUAGAGGUUUAUCAGCAAAGACUAGUAAUGGAGGCUAGUCUUGCUGUUCCUGUUUUGGGUUUUAAUUUCUAUCCUUCCGUGCCUGGAUCCGCCCGCCCUCGAUCUGUUUUCAUGUAGAAGUCUUCUACUUUUUUUCAUCUUCUGUCUAUUUCCUUUUAUUUCUUCUCCUUCUCCUUCUCUUUUUGUUGUUUAUUCUGAAAGAAAUGUAAGAAAAUAAAAUAUUAAAACAUAAAAUGAAAAUGGAAACAUAUAUAUAUAUGGUCCGUUUCUUUAUAGGGAUUUGCUUCCUGUUGUGUUUGAUGGUCAAGAAAAUUUAUCUGUGAUGGGAAAAAGAAUUAUAAUGAAACUAAUUCUUUAA